ACCAGUAAAUUUACAGUCGGGUUCAGAUGUUGACGGAGUUAGUUGAUGUUUCUAACCUCAAAUGCGAAUGUUAUUACUUGUAAAUAGCAAUAUUUAGUAAACAUGGUAGCUGGAGUUAAAUGGAAGUCCAUUUCUAGCGCGAUUAUAGUGGUUAUUUUAGUGACGGUUGGUGAAAACAAAGCGUUUGGACACAAGCACUGCAAUCAUGUGCACCCGAAGUACGAUGAGGUAUCUCACACGCACAUUGAACCUGCACACGUAAUGAAGAAAAGGAGUCUAGACCAGUCUUUGAGAAUUCUGCUUCAUUACGACUUAAGUGUGUACAGGCUCGAUCGUGAACGCUUCGAUUUAAUCAAUGAAACAAUAUUGCCCCAAGCCGUUAGUUUCUGGGAGAAGGCAUUGUUUGUGAGAAGAGUAGAAAACGUAAUACGCUUAACCAGAAAAUGCAACGACACUCAAGUGUUCGUGAAGAACUCCUUGACUCACUGCAUCGACACAUGCAAGGAGAGGACGAUGUGCGGCGAGGUAGCCGUGCCUGAAGAACACUUGGAUGCAUGUAGAACGUGCAAUGCGACGGGCCAAGACUGCGGAAUAGCGAACGGAUCAACAGCUGGUAAAGGCAUCAAGAAUUUCGAUUUCGUAUUUUAUGUAUCGGCUAUGCAGACGGAGCGAUGUAAUAAGUCGUUAACCGUUGCAUACGCCGCCCACUGCCAGCAAGAAUCAUCUCUAGACAGACCCAUAGCCGGACAUGCCAAUUUGUGUCCGAAUAGUAUUAGCACCAAAAGACAAGAAGUGGAGAUCCUACUGUCGACGGUUAAGCAUGAGAUUUUGCACGCGUUGGGCUUUUCAGUGAGUCUGUAUGCGUUUUAUCGGGAUUCGAGGGGCGAGCCGCUAACCGAACGACGAGUGGAUACUGGAAAACCGCCUCUCAACGAAAAGUUGCAAACGUACCAGUGGAGUGACAAAGUAAUUAAAACUUUUGUGCGAAAAAAUUGGCUUGUUAAGUCGGGAGUGAUGAAAAGAGAGGUAAACAUGAUAGUAACCAAGAACGUGGUGCGGGAAGUUCGUGAGUAUUUUAAUUGCGAGAAGUUAGAAGGGGCGGAGCUUGAAGAUCAAGGUGAAGAAGGAACCGCCUUAACGCACUGGGAGAAACGCGUUUUUGAAAACGAGGCUAUGACGGGAACGCACACCCAAAACCCGAUUAUUUCUCGAAUAACUUUGGCCCUCAUGGAGGACACUGGGUGGUACCUUGCGAAUUUCUCGAUGGCUGAGCCAAUGUCGUGGGGUAAGAAUCUCGGCUGCGAUUUCGUGACGAAAAGUUGUAAAGAAUGGAUAACAAUAAAGUCUUCAAGGGGAGCUUCGAUACACCCGUUCUGCAAUAAAGUGAAACGUGAUCCUUUACAAACGGAAUGCACGGAUGAUCGUACGUCGGUCGCUCUUUGCAAUCUGGUUGCCCACGAGACCAAACUACCGCAGAUAUAUCAAAAUUUCGACUCAAUCAAAUACGUCGAUCCCGGCAAGGAAGAAUAUUAUGGGGGUUCGGUGACCCUGGCCGAUUACUGCCCUUACAUCCAAGAAUUUACAUGGCGAUCAAAGAACGUGAUUGUGCGAGGGUCGCACUGUCAAUACCCAGAAAAUAAUCCCAAACCCGAUAAAAACUUUGCUUUGGAAAAAUACGGGGAAAACUCGCGUUGCUUUGAACACACUAAUCAAAUGUGGGAAGAAAGAUCUUGCCGCCAAAUGAGACAAUGGCAACAUUGGGGUUCAGGUUGCUAUGGAUACCGAUGCCAAAACGGACGCCUACACAUUUUGGUGGAUAAUUACUCGUACGAGUGCUUUCACCCGAACCAAGAGAUCUCUAUAAGAAUAAUCAGCAACGGCUGGCUUCAUAAAGGUGCCAUAGUUUGCCCGCCAUGCAGGGAACUUUGUGCUCAAGAAUUCACGUUAAGAAAUGAAAGCUGUAAAGGGAGCGACGAAGCGCCUCCUUCGACGGCAUACCCUAGAGAUGAACUCAAAUGUUCCUCAAUAGCUUCAAGACUCAACAAAUUUGUUAUUCUUACACUAUUUCUGUCAAUAUGUGCCAGAGGACAUCUAGUCUAAUUCGUGUUCUGUGUACUUUUUAAACUACAAACAGAUACGACUCUCACCUUAUUUUUAUAUGUCCAAAUUAGGUAAGUACAUUCCAAAAUUAAGUAAAUAUGGCUGUGUGAACCUAUUUUUAAGUAUUGUUAUAAAAUUAAGUACCUACAUGGCUAACAUUCGACUCCUAUUCAUUGUGUAUAGUAUUUCUCGUCAACGAAUUUUGCUUUAAGUAUUAUAUUUAUUUAUACCUGUAGAUGUCUUACGUGAGACAAGUGUAUUAAAAAAAGAAAAUAAAACCUUCGAUAUAAA